UGUCUUCCUCCUGUACACCUUUACCUAUGUCUCUGCAUAUCUUGUUCAAUUUUUUCAUUAUCAUCCUUUCAGUAGACUUAGUUCUAUCAGCAGAGUCAAAAUAUGAAGCCUGCAAGCCUAAAAACUGUGGUACUGGUCCAAAUAUAAGCUAUCCAUUCUAUAUCAGAAAAAACCACACAGACUAUUGUGGUCAUCCUGGAUUCAAUGUUCUAUGUGAGAAUCGCAAGCCAAUUUAUAAGACCUCUCGUGCUCAUUACAUCAUCCAAAACAUUAACUAUGAAAACCAGUCAUUUCGGUUAAUUGAUACAGAAAUACUCGACUCUACUUGCCCCACUCCUAGUAAAAACUAUACAUUUGAUCGAUCUUCGGUCGAUUUUAGUCCUUACCAUGCUGAUAUCUUCUUUUUCUAUAACUGCAAUACCUCAAUUUCUGCUAACUAUAAAGAAUCUGGGAUUCCCUGCAAUGGCAAGUCCAAGAAUGAAACAUUUAUUGCAUUAGUACCUAGAGAUGAGCCUUUGAAUUGGAACCUAAAAGCUUGUGAAUCUAUAGUUGCUGCACCUGUUCAAUUAGAACAAGAGAACAUCAAUCAAACAAUAGUACACGUUGACUACAAGAAGUUGUUAAAAAAUGGGUUUACUUUGAAGUGGAUUGGAUUAGGAUAUAGUUGCGGUGAAUGUCAAAGAAGUGGUGGCCAUUGUGGAUUUGAAGAGGGAAACAGUGUAUGUUAUUGUCCUGAUGGAUCCCAUCCUAAACACUGUAAUGAUGGUAAGGCAUUUUUGUGUUAAUUUGUGCUCUGUGUUUGAUUUUUU